AUGCUGUUCCACAUCGCGUGCAUGCUUUGGACAGCAUUUGUCAUAUUUCUACAGGGCAGGUCUGCGCUCUGUAAGGAGGUGAAGCCCCCCUCGCCAUCCGACUUUCUGGACAAACUGAUGGGACGCACAUCUGGCUACGACGCUCGCAUCAGACCAAACUUCAAAGGUCCUCCUGUCAAUGUCACCUGUAACAUCUUCAUCAACAGCUUCGGGUCCAUCACCGAAACAACCAUGGAUUACCGGCUCAAUGUAUUUCUGCGACAGCAGUGGAAUGACCCUCGACUGGCAUACAAAGAGUAUCCGGAUGACUCUCUGGACCUUGACCCCUCGAUGUUGGACUCCAUUUGGAAACCUGACCUGUUCUUUGCAAAUGAAAAGGGAGCAAACUUCCACGAGGUCACAACGGACAACAAACUGCUUCGAAUAUUCCAGAAUGGAAAUGUCCUCUACAGCAUCAGGCUGACACUUACCCUUUCCUGUCCCAUGGAUCUGAAAAACUUCCCCAUGGACAGCCAGAAGUGUACAAUGCAGCUCGAAAGUUUUGGCUACACCAUGAAUGAUCUCAUUUUUGAGUGGCUGGACGUGGGAGCAGUGCAGGUGGCCGAUGAUCUGGCGCUCCCUCAGUUCAUGCUGAAAGAGGAGAAAGGCCUCGGCUACUGCACCAAGCACUACAACACAGGUAAAUUCACCUGCAUUGAGGUCAAGUUCUACCUGGAGCGUCAGAUGGGUUACUACCUCAUCCAGAUGUACAUACCGAGCCUGCUCACCGUCAUCCUGUCCUGGGUCUCAUUCUGGAUCAACAUGGACGCGGCUCCGGCCAGAGUGGGACUGGGGAUCACCACAGUGCUCACCAUGACGACGCAGAGCUCCGGCUCCAGGGCCUCCCUGCCAAAGGUGUCCUACGUGAAAGCCAUAGACAUCUGGAUGGCGGUGUGUCUUCUCUUCGUGUUUGCUGCACUGCUGGAGUAUGCGGCCGUUAAUUUUGUUUCGCGGCAGCACAAGGAGUUCUUCAGGCUGCGGAAGAAGCUCAAAGAGCAACAGCGGCAGAGAACUCAGGAAAGCGGUGACAGUAAGGUGAAAGGAAAAAACACGACGGGAAACAAUGCUCCUCACGGCACCUUAGCCCAGCAGUGCACAGCCUGUGCUCGGGAGGAGGAGCUGGCGCAGCAGGGUUUACUCUUCCAGAGUUUUGGACUCCCACUGUCAACAGGAAGUGCACUGGAAAUGGAUGCCACACCGGUCUUUGCCGAUUUACCUCCCGGUUUAGGCUUUUAUGACAUCCGCAGGCGCUUUGUGGAUCGAGCAAAGAGGAUUGAUACCAUCGCCCGAGCUCUGUUCCCCAUGAGUUUCCUUAUGUUUAAUGUCCUCUACUGGCUGACCUACAAGGUUCUACGACAUGAAGACCUUCUGGUCGCGCUGUGACAAAACAUCUGUACAAUCUGUACGGCUGAGGGCCGUAAAGACACCGGAAACCUUUCAAUUCUGCUCUCUCCAUUGAAACAUUUAAAGGAUGAGAGUCCUCAGCUGCGCCACGCAAGAUGCGUUGUGACUGCAUGCCCACUGCCAUUGGGACAUUACAUGACAUGGAAGAGUUGCUUUACAUUUUUUAAUACGUCCAAAGAAAUGCACUUUUUCUCAGCACUGAUGCUUUAUGCAUUCCACGUGUGCAGCCAGCAUCUUAAGUCUACCAGAUCACACUUUUAUAGGAACAAACAUCUGUAUGUGCAGUUACUGUAGUUUCAGUGUUGCAGAUCCUCACCGGGCCGACAUUUACAUUAUAUUAUUUUAGACUCAUGUGACCCGAGUCACGUGUUUUCAUAGAUCUCAUAUAUAUUACUUCAAGCAGGAAUUACACUUUGAAACAAUCGCGACUCCGUUGUGUUUAUCACCGCUUCUUUACAGGCAGAAAACAAAUAGUUUGUUUCUCUGGAGGUUGCAGAAAUCUCAGAUAGAAUGCAAAUGUUUUAUGACAUCAAUAUAUUCUCCAAUAUAUUUAACAGUUCACAGUUCAUACCCUCCAAUAGGAAGCCAAUCUGUAAAAAAGACUAGAAAAACCUGUUUCCUAAAUGCGUUUAAAAUUGAAGGAUAUUUUAAUGUGAUGUCUAAUACCCGAAAAAGGGAAGGAUAUAUUCCCCAUAAAUAUUUACAUGUGACGAUUAUAUAUUUGAUAUAAUGGCAUGGCACACGCACAGCCAAAUGUUGUCAUCUUUGUUUUAUUCAUCAACCAAAUCUAUCUCAAUUAUCUGUUCAUGUUUUGGUAUUCAAACCUGCACAUUGGCCAGUUAUCAAAAUAUACCGUUUAACGUGUACCAAGAGGCCUGCACAAGGGCUGUUGAAAUGAUGUUUAACAAUUUUCAACAAACAGAAUAAAUUGUCUUAAUAUUUAUUUCGUAUUUUGGUCUUUAGAAACAAAUGUACCCCUGAAAUUGUUUGUUGGGUCAAUAUAAAAUGAAUAAAUGCUUUAAUUUGGAAUACUGAAUGCAUCAUAGUGUGAACUUUAUUAUGUAUGACCAUUUUUUAAAUGAUCAUUGUUCAUUGCGUCCCUAUAUAUGAUAUAAGAAAAAAACAUUUCAGUAACUCUCACUAGAUUUGUCUUCCACCUGAUAUUCUUCCCUCAUUUUCAACCCUCACUCUAUUUUAUGAUGUAAAAGUGCAAAAUAACACUGCGUUAUAACUUGUCUCUUGAACCGUUCCCA